AUGGCGGCAGGAGCACUGCUCCACAUUUUGUUGCUUUGCGUUUUCUAUAGCUGUUGUGCCCAAAUAUUCAACAACCCAUCCCGAGAACGGUAAGUUCUAGAGCCUACUAAGUUGUUGCUCUCUACUAAAAGCACCCUUUCUUAAACUUGACUGCUGACUGGCACGAUUUCUUGGGGUUGUAUAUUACACCGUGGACUAAUUGUCAAAAUACUAAAAUAUUUUUUUUAUGUACUUCUGGGCUGUUUUAAACUGUACUCCCUGACUUAACUCAUAACAGAUCUAUUUCUACUUUUUAGGGGUCGACUGGGUCCAUGGGAUCGCCGCCGGUCGGGUCUAUGAUUAUUAUCUCUUCAAAAUUCUAAUUCUAUUCAUUAUAAUUCAGCCCAAAUCUAAAUAUUCACUAUAUUCAUAAUUCACAAUAACACUUAAAUGCAAUAUGUAAUCAUAAUGAUAAAUAAGAACAAUUGCAGUUUUCUGAAAUGUAUGUAACACUCAAUGUGCCCAUUCAGAUUUCAAUAUAUGGACCCUGACAUGUAUUUUGGUCUUCAUGAGUAAGUACAGAUUUUUUUUAUACCUUGUUGAACCUCCAUGUUGUGCUACCAAAUGUUGGCAUUAAAGGAAAAAACAACACAUUUAUUUACAGUGACAUAAAUCCAAUGGACCAAACCAGUCCAGAACCAAGGUACAGUGUUCCCAAAAGUAUCCAGAUAAACACAAAAUCCCCCCCUUUGGUUGCUAAAUACUACUCUACUGUAUGUAUGUCAGUUUGCCUUUCUCUCUCCUCUCCCCUCCCCUCUCAUCCCUCCUCUCUUCUCCCCCUCUCCCCCCUUCAAUCCCUCCCAUCCCUUACCCCAGGUUCAUCCUCCUAGCCCCUAACCUCCUGAGAGCAGACAGUGAGGAGGCUAUCUACCUAGAGUCCCAUGGCCUCAACAGCCCUGUCACCGUCACCAUAACAGUCCAUGACUUCCCGGCCAGGAGUUACCAGCUCCUGCAGGACACUAUCACACUCGGCCCGGGGAACGGCUACCACACCCUCAAGACCAUACAGGUGAUUCCAUUAGAUUCAGUUCAAUUCACCACACCCUCAAGACCAUACAGGUGAUUCCAUUAGAUUCAGUUCAAUUCACCACACCCUCAAGACCAUACAGGUGAUUCCAUUAGAUUCAGUUCAAUUCACCACACCCUCAAGACCAUACAGGUGAUUCAGUUCAAUUCACCACACCCUGAAGACCAUAAAGGUGAUUUGAUUCAAUUCAAUGUUAUUUAUCGCCUCGGGAGCAAUUCAGGUGGCUGUAGUGCUAUAGAUAAAAGUGGAGAGGGAAUGAGGAACAGCUACCACACCAUCAAGACCAUGCAGAUGAUCAGAUUUUUUAUUUAACCAGGUAAGCCAGUUGAGAACAAGUUCUCAUUUACAACUGCGACCUGGCCAAGAUAAAGCAAAGCAGUGCGAUAAAAACAACAACACAGAGUUACAUAUGGGGUAAAACAAAACAAAGUCAAAAAUACAACAGAAAAUAUAUAUACAGUGUGUUCAAAUGUAGCAAGUUAUGGAGGUAAGGCAAUAAAUAGGCCAUAGUGCAAAAUAAUUACAAUUAGUAUUAACACUGGAAAGAUAGAUGUGCAAGAGAUGAUGUGCAAAUAGAGAUACUGGGGUGCAAAUGAGCAAAAUAAAUAACAAUAUUGGGAUGAGGUAGUUGGGUGGGCUAAUUUCAGAUGGGCUGUGUACAGGUGCAGUGAUCAGUAAGCUGCUCUGACAACUGAUGCUUAAAGUUAGUGAGGGAAAUAAGAGUCUCCAGCUUCAGAGAUUCUUGCAAUUCGUUCCAGUCAUUGGCAGCAGAGAACUGGAAGGAAUGGCGGCCAAAGGAGGUGUUGGCUUUGGGGAUGACCAGUGAGAUAUACCUGCUGGAGCGCAUACUACGGGUGGGUGUUGCUAUGGUGACCAGGUGUUGCUAUGGUGACCAAUGAGCUAAGAUAAGGCAGGAGUUUUGCCUAGCAGUGAUUUAUAGAUGGCCUGGAGCCAGUGGGUUUGGCGACGAAUAUGUAGUGAGGACCAGCCAACAAGAGCGUACAGGUCACAGUGGUGGGUAGUAUAUGGGGCUUUGGUGACAAAACGGAUGGCACUGUGAUAGACUACAUCCAAUUUGCUGAGUAGAGUGUUGGAGGCUAUUUUGUAAAUGACAUCGCCAAAGUCAAGGAUCGGUAGGAUAGUCAGUUUUACGAGGGCAUGUUUGGCAGCAUGAGUGAAGGAGGCUUUUUUGCGAAAUAGGAAGCCGAUUCUAGAUGUAACUUUGGAUUGGAGAUGCUUAAUGUGAGUCUGGAAGGAGAGUUUACAGUCUAACCAGAUACCUAGGUAUUUGUAGUUGUCCACAUACUCUAGGUCAGACCCGUUGAGAGUAGUGAUUCUAGUCAGGUGGGCGGGUGCAAGCAGCGUUCGAUUGAAGAGCAUGCAUUUAGUUUUACUAGUGUUUAAGAGCAGUUGGAGGCUACUGAUGGAGUGUUGUAUGGCAUUGAAGCUUGUUUGGAGGUUUGUUAACACAGUGUCCAAUGAAGGGCCAGAUGUAUACAAAAUGGUGUCGUCUGCGUAGAGGUGGAUCUGAGAGUCACCAGCAGCAAGAGCGACAUCAUUGAUAUACACGGAGAAAAGAGUCGGCCCAAGAAUUGAACCCUGUGGCACCCCCAUAGAGACUGCCAUAGGUCCAGACAACAGGCCCUCCGAUUUGACAUAUUGAACCCUCUGAUAAGGGACAAAGAUAAAGAUAUCAUUAUUCAGGAGCUCUAGGUCUGAUGAGGGAUAAAGAGAUAAUGAUUUAGGAGCUCUAUACAUCUGAUAAGGGACAGAGAUAAUGUUUUAGGAGCUCUGUAGGUUUGAUAAUGGACAGAGAUAAUGAUUUAGGAGCUCUGUCUGAUAAGGGACAGAGAUAAAGAGAUAAUGAUUCAGGAGCACUAUAUAUCUGAUAAGGGACAGAGAUAAUGACAUAAUGAUUUAGGAGCUCUAUAUAUCUGAUAAGGGACAGAGAUAAAGAGAUAAUGAUUUAGGAGCUCUAUAUAUCUGAUAAGGGUCAGAGAUAAUGAUUUAGUAGCUCUAUAUAUCUGAUAAGGGACAGAGAUAAAGAGAUAAUGAUUUAGCACUAUAGAUACGCCCGGAGGAAUAAUAGAAUGCCAACCCUUUUACUUUAUGAUAUACUUGUAAGACUUGUUGUGAGUAUGUAUAUCCCCCUAAUAAUACCUUAUUAUAAUCUCUUAAUGAUCCAGAAUAAAUAACUGCCAUUUUGAGUCAACCUCCAAGACAUUGUAAAGGCUCAUAUCUGCUUAUAAAAUUCUUAUUAUUCCCCUCCCAGCUCCCCUCAGAGCGUCUGGACAGGGGGAAUGAGGAGUCCUCCAGGAACCAGUAUGUGUAUGUGAAGGCAGAGUUUGGGGGCUACCACGUAGCUGAACAGGUUGUCAUGGUGUCCUUCCACUCUGGAUACAUCUUCAUCCAGACAGACAAGCCCCUCUACAACCCUGGAGAGACUGGUGAGGGGGAUGAAGGAGAGAGAGAGGGAGAACAUGUUAGGUUCAUGUGAAUGAUGAAGGACCUCUCUCUUUUUAUUUGUCUGUCUGAUCUCCUUUCUCUCUUUCUCCCCCCCCCCCCCCCCCAGUACGAUGCAGGGCCUUUGUGUCUACACCUGCCUUCCAGGCCUUCAACAGCUCCAUCACCAUUGAGUUCCAG